AAACAAAGUAAGAAACGAGAGCUACACAUACACACACUCAGACACACUAGUCUAAAUUACAUCCUUCAAAACCUAUGUAGACAUCGGCAGGGCGACUCUCUGGUUUCUACCGGUGAACAUUUAAAGUGAACGUUUAUCGUGCGUUUACACCGCGUUAGUAGUCAACCAAAAAACGAACGAUUGCAACCCCCCCCAGCAGAGCUUCGUUUACAGCCAAGCUAACUAAGCUAGGCAGCUUCAGUCGAGCUGCGCUGUCUUGUUCAGGCUGCUGCGAUGGGUGGCUGCUCCGCUCCGAACUGCUCCAACUCGACCAGAAGAGGAAAACAGCUGUUCCGGUUCCCCAGAGACCCUUUCCGCAACAAGAAGUGGGUGAAGAACUGUCGUCGCCAAUUCGAACCAGAUUCUGCCUCCAGGCUCUGUCAGGAUCAUUUUGAGCAGAGCCAGUUUGAGGAGAUAGCCAAGACCGCGGCCGGUGGGAAGAAGCUGAAGCCACAUGCCGUCCCCACACUGUUCCGUUUCAGAGACCGUCCUUACCGCGCAGGCUCCAUUCCAAUCGCCCCGUACCCCCCAUACGCCACAUACGCCCCGAUCGCGCCGUACAUCCUGCAGCCCGUGAAACCUGAACCAGCUGCUGCGAUGGGUGGCUGCUCCGCUCCGAACUGCUCCAAUUCGACCAACAUGGGCAAACAGCUGUUCCGGUUCCCCAAGGACCCCGUCCGCAACAAGAAGUGGGUGAUGAACAGUCGCCGCGAAUUCGAACCAACUUCUCACUCCAGGCUCUGUCAGGAUCAUUUUGAGCAGAGCCAGUUCGAGGAGAUAGCCAGGUCUCCGGCCGGCGGCAAGAAGCUGAAGCCCAAUGCCAUCCCCACUCUGUUCAGUUGCGGAGACCCUCUCUACCCCGCGGUCACCACCCCGUACAUCCUGCUGCCCCUGAAACCUGAGCCAGUGGAGAAGGAGCUGAACAUUGGGGACCAUGGCUAUGCCAGGCGCACCCCUCUGCCUGGCAUGGAGGAGUAUGAUGCGGACUGGUCGGUCGAGGGUCGGCAGCCCUGCACACAGUGUCAUCUCCUCCAGACACUGCUGGAGCAUGAGAUGCAGCACACUGCAAGGCUACAGAAGGAGGCAGAGGAGAUGAAGAAACGUCUGUAUCGCCUGGACCGGCUCGAGAGGGGCCUGCAGAACUUUCUGUACGAGGAUCAGAUCCGUGCCCUGUCCCUCACCAAGCGCUCCCGUCGGGCCGUCUGGUCCCCAGAGACCAUCCUGAAGGCCCGCAAGAUCCGCUGCGCAGUUGGCUUCAAGGGCUACGAGUACUUGCGAGAGCUGGGUUACCCGUUGCCUACAUACAGGACUCUGUGUAACCGCCUGGAGACCAAGAUCACGGUGAGGACUGACAUGAGCUGUGAGGAGCUGGCAGAGCUGGGACUCGGGCUCGUGACCACUUGCGACAGUCGCGCCGAGGGUGUCGGCGACAAUGACGAGGAAGAGCUGGCGGGCGUUUUGUCCUGAUCCCGGCCGUUCAACGCGAACAAUUGACUUUAACCAAAGGAAGAAUGUGCAGAAGUCGCCGUGUUUAGACAUCUGCAGGUUUGUUGUCAAGCUGAAGAAGACGGGCACCUUAUGCUUCUUAUCUCAUCUAGGAAAGAGUCGAUACAAACGCUUCUCUUGACGGACUUUUUUUGGGGACGUGUUUGGGAUCUACACUACUACACUAACACUGCUUGCUGGCACUGCAGUUAGCCUAGCUUUAAUGCUCAUAGUGUUUCUCACCACGAAGAUGCUGAGCUGCAGUAUGAGCUUGAACACGUGACCGAGAACCACGCAGUCUGGCAGAACAGACUACCACCGAGAGGUUGAGACUGUGGGGGAAGCACUGACGUAAUUUGCACAAAGCCUGUUGACUUUAUUGCUCGUGUUCCGAAUGUCCCACACCCGAGUGUUUCUUUCUUAAUUGAGAACUUCCAGUUUGAAAUAAAUUAAUGUUGAUUUCUUAAGUCGUAUAGUUCCAUUUCAACCACAGAUGCAAAACUAAAACCAUUGCCAUUCUCCCACAGAGUCUUCGAUCGGUCUCAAAUUCAAAGAUUUAUCAAGGAGCACACUGUCGGAGCCGUUUUCAGUCGAGGAAAUAAAGGCAAAUAUCCACUGGAGUUUCUAAACUAGAUUUAAAAACGUAAAUUAGUUGGACAUUUGACUGUUUGUUCUGUCUUUUUACAGUUGCAGUGCAUUUAACACAAAUCAGACUAUCAGAGGAGCUCAAGCUAAUCACAGCAAGUCACAUGACAUUUAGUAACCAAAACACAAACAAUGAAGGGGCUGUAAAGAUUUGUGUACUGUGUGCGCGUGCGUGCGUGCACGGUGCGUGUUUGCGUGUGUGUGUGUACUACAUCUAAGUUAUAGAGUAUGCAGCUAUCAGUUGAACAGUAUCAGUUGAACGGCAUUGUUUGGUAUCACUACACUGGUUCUAUCAGCAUUGGAAUGGGGCUGAUGUGUGUUGCUUCUGUUAAAGUUCUCCAUAACCUGAAUUAAAAGCCUCAUUCAUA